AUGUCUGAUCAGAAAGACAAAACAUACCCCAAACAUAUUGAAACCGAGAAACAAGAACAAAGAAAAGAUUACUUCGAGCUUUUGGAAUUUCCCAAAUCAGCCCAACCUACGCCUGAUCAGAAAGCAAGCGCUGAUACAAAACAAAACAUAGAUGAAGGGUCACAUAGAGAAGAAGACUACGAGACUGUUGAAGCUCCCAAAUCAACCAACCGUAAGUCUGAUCAGAAAUCAAACCCUGACUCCAAACAAAACAAAGAUGAAAGCAAGAAAAAGCAACAUAAGGAAGAAGACAACGUGACUGUUGAAAUUCACAAACCAACCAAGUUUGAGCCUGGUGCAGUCGGUUCUAUGACAAAUUAUAUAGAUAGUGGACACGCAAAUCCCGUUCGGAUGAACUACGAACAGGUUACAUUUGAGACUAAAUACAGCAAAGACAAAACCGAAUCACGUGCAGAAGAACUCUAUGAUGUGCCAUUCGCAAUUCCUUAUUCCACCACAACUAAGCUUGAUCAGAAAACCAAACCAUACCCUAAACAUAUUAAAAAUGAGAAGCGAGGACAAGGAAAAGAAAACUACGAGCAGUUUGAACUUCCUAUAUCAAACCAACCUAAGCCUGAUAUUAAUGAGCCUGCUAAACCAAAAACAGACGGAUUGGCAGGGCUGGAGCAUAUUAAAAAGGAUUAUGUGGCAGUUGCAAGUUCCAACGCUACAAAGAAUGAUCAUGAUCAGACAACAAACGCUGAUACAAAACAAAACAAAGAUAAAAGCGAGAAAAGGCCACAUAGGGAAGAAGACUACGUGACUGUUGAAAUUCCCAAAUCAACCAAGUCCAACCCUGAUCAGAAAACAAACCCUGACUCAAAACAAAACGAUUACCAACUCGAGAAAAAGUCACAUAGGGAAGAAGACUACGUGACUGUUGUAAUUCCCAAAUCAACCAAGCCUAAGCCUGAUCAGACAACAAACCCUGACACAAAACAAACCAAAGAUGAUAGCGAGAAAAAGUCACAUAUGGAAGAAGACUACGAGACUGUUGAAAUUCCCAAAUCAAAGUCUAAGCCUGAUAAUGAGAGACAAGAGAGACAAGACACUACGCUCGAGAAAAUGCUGGAAGAUACUGAUGACGUAAGCACUGCAACCAUAACAACAGUUCCAUAGCGCAUUCCAAACAAAGCGAAAACUGAAGUCGAAGAGAAAGACAAAAAAACAUACAGAAUGAAAUAAACUUUAUUCCGACAACGUUGCGAUAUAAAGAAGGAUAGAGUCAGACCAGUUGUUCACUAAUAUUGUAAAGCCAAGGGUGAAUGAUAACAUUAUAUAUUUGACAUUAUACUCACCAACAU